ACGCUGUCGAGGUCGUGUGCGUGUCGAUUCGAUUUGUCAAGUCAAGCAAAUGCCAAAACUGCCGAAUGUUGCGAGAAUUGUUAUUUGGUUUGGUUUCAAUUUUCAUUACGUCCACAUUACAUCGUUAUUUUAGCAAACAAGUGCCAUUCUGCAUUUUAUUUUGUACCUCCUCGAGUACAUUGCACUAUUAACACACUGCACUAUUGCACAUUACCGUGGAAUUCCUCGAUUUUAAUCAGAGAUGGAUAGAUAGAGCGGGCAGCAAUGCAUCGUGAACAUUAGCAGUGAGUGUGUAUCAAAAAGUCUACAGCAUAUUUCAGCGUCUAUUUCUACUAGCUUAGGCUAUUCAGCGAGAGAUGUCGCAAGAGGGCGCAAAGUAUGUAUGGGUAGAGUUGGAACCCGUGUGGGAAGGUGCGGCUGGCCUGCACACGAAGCAAGAGCAUGAGCUCAAAGAAAAUGUGAAGACAGAGGUUAAAUCAGAACCCGAGGAAAACAUGUGUGUUAUCAGCGAGACGGCUGGGGCCGGCUUGUACUUGAAGCAUGAACAGCCUGAGAGCGCACAAGCGCACCUAAACCACGCGGUAGAACCAGAGGUUAAGACAGAACCCAAGGACAUGUCUGGCAGUGAACCAGCUGCCUGCUUGUACAGUCACAUUGACCCUGAGGUGAAGGCAGCACUUAAGGCAGAGGAUGAAAACGUGUGUGGUGACAGCGGAGCAACCAUACAAACCAGUUUCGAGUAUGAGAGUGCCCACACCAGUCAGGUGAGCCAUUUGGUGAUGGCAAACAUUGAAUCUGAGAGUGAGAGUGUGUGUAGCACAAGCACACUGGCAGAGCAGGCACUGUACCUUAAGCAUGAGGUAAAAGAUGGACUAGUGGUGGGCCCUGAGGUAUACCAUAGAGAAUCAUUUGACUUAGCAAUAGUGAAUCCUGUACCAGAGCGAAGCUGCACGGUCAGACUGGAGCGCAUGCACUUAGACAUGGAACACUGUGUGUGCAGGAUCGGAGACUACACAUACAAGUUCCAACUGUGUAGUCAACAAGAAAACGAUACAACAGACGAAAGAUAUUCUCAGCGCAGCGCAGAUGAUGUUGACGAGGAGCUAUACAAAUGUGAAUCUUGUAGCUUCACUAGUGUCCAUAAACAUUAUUUAAGAGUUCAUAAAAACAUCGCCCACGCCAAUGAGAAAAUGUGUAAACAGAGAAAAAACAGUGAAAAGAAACCCUACCAGUGCGAUCAAUGCAGUUACGCUUCUAACCGCAAAAUCGGUCUGGCAAUUCACAAAAGGGUUCACAGAGGGGAAAAAGCCUAUAGAUGCAAUCAAUGCGAUUACGGUCACGCUCGCAAAUAUGAAUUGGAAGUUCACAUAAAUACCGUGCACGGGAGUGAAAAAGUCUACAAAUGCGACCAAUGCAAGUUUGCUACUGUCCGCGAAGACAUAUUCCAAUCUCACAAAAAGAUGCAUACCAAAAAUAUUCCUUACAAAUGUGACCAGUGUGAUUUUGCUACGAACGUCAAAGAUUAUUUACAAGUUCAUAGAAAGACACACACUGUUGAGAAACCAUACAAAUGUGAUGAAUGCGCUUACGAUAGUGCCAGCGAAACCCUUUUGGGAAUUCACAAAACUAUGAUGCAUGGCGCCUUCGCACAACGACUGGGUAACGGGAAAAUGAGAAAAACGAAAAGAAAAUCUAGAAGAAAACAUACAUAUGAUGCAUAGUAUGCAUUGCAAUGACAAUGCAAAAAAUGAAACGUCAUUUGUGCAUGGGUGCAUAAAAAAGAUGAACCUUAAUGUGCCUAUAGUUUAGAUUAUCUAGUGUGUUUAUACGUUUUAAGGUUAAAACUCCAUGUUUCAAUUAUUGUGAUUUCUUGAAUUUACUUAACAUCCAUAUAUUAUGUAAUAAAAAUAAAUAAAGUUGAUA